AUGAGUUCUUCUACAGGUCUUAAUGAUGCUGUGCACAGCACCGAUGCCUCACGUCCUGGUGUCGCCCUUCCACGAAUCAGUCCGUUUCCAAUGCCAUCGCUCGCUCCUUUCGGGGUUGACAUGACCAUCAACACCACCCCUGCCAUUGCGAUCGAUCCAAUUGCCCUCAUUACCACAGAAUGUAUCACCAUCACGUCUGCCAUGCGCAAACAUGCGCGCUGGGCACAAUCCUCGGUCUCGGCCAUCCUAGGAGGAGGGGCGUCAAGGCUACAAGAGAAGGAGUUACAACGGUCGUCUUCGCAAAGUCGUCGCAGCGGCAAUGGGCCCAUGAUCUCAGACCCGGGAAAGACAAGACUCAACGUCACCAACGGCUCGGAUGACGAGAACUCCACUCUGGCGAGUCGAUGGGGCCUACGAGGCAAGAAGGGCAAAAGCUCGCAAGACAAUCCUCUUCUAUCGGCCUUUGCCCGGCUGAGGAGAGACCUGGCAGGGUGCAGAGACGUGCGGAGCGUGGAUGCACCUGAAUUGCUGCAUCCUUUCCUACAGGUCAUUCGAAGCUCUUCGACCAGCGCUGCCAUCACCAGUCUGGCGGUCAUCUCAGUCACCAAGUUCUUUGCUUACAAUAUUGUCACUAUCAGGAGCCCACGGAUCGCCUUGGCGAUGCAUCUGCUCAGUGCAGCUAUUACUCAUUGUCGUUUCGAAGCUAGUGACACGGCGGCAGAUGAGGUGGUCUUGCUACGGAUCCUGCGCCUGAUGGAAAGCAUCAUCUCCAGACCUGAGGGUCAACUGCUGGGUGAUGAGAGUAUCUGCGAGAUGAUGAGCACCGGCUUGAGCAUGUGCUGUCAGGCUCGUCUUUCGGAGGUGCUCAGGAGAUCGGCCGAAAUGGCCAUGGUCACAAUGUGUCAAGUCGUGUUCAGCAGACUGAAGACGCUCAAAGUGGAACAAGUGCCCAAGACGAGGAGUCGCGCCAAUACCAAGACCACCGUCGACGAUCUUAAGAUUGAGCCGCCAAUGACUGGAAGUGUCAUGGGAAAUGGCGGGCUCGAACGGUCGAGCGUCGAUGUCGACAGAGGCUCCACGGCAGAGGACAAUGUCCCGCCCAAGGCGUCCUCGACCGAACCCAAGACUUCGACUGUCCCGGCAGAUGGCGAUGAAUUCGACAAUGUCCAACCAUACUCGUUGCCGUCGAUCAAGGAACUGUUUCGUGUCCUGAUUGACCUUCUCGACCCUCACGAUAAGACUCAUACAGAUCCUAUGCGGAUCAUGGCUUUGAGAAUCAUCGAUAUCGCCUUGGAGGUUUCCGGGCCUUGGAUCGCCAAACAGCCAGCCCUGGCAAGUCUUGUGCAGGAUGAUCUGUGCCGUCAUUUGUUUCAGCUGGUGCGAUCGGAUAACAUGGUCCUGUUGAACUCCUCGUUACGUGUUGCCGGAACACUGUUAGCCACUUGUCGACAACUCCUGAAACUCCAACAGGAGCUGUUUCUAUCUUAUCUGGUGGCGUGUCUGCAUCCACGUGUCGACAUCCCUCAGGAAUCCGGAAUUGAUCCGUCACUCUACGAAGGAGUGCCUCAAGCUCCCAAGUUGGUCAAGCCGGCGCCCUCCCAGGCCACCAGCGGUCGGUCCACUCCCGUCCCUAUCAAAGAUAGACAGAAGCUGGGACUAGAAGGAGGAGCCCGGAGACCGGAGGCGAGGGAAGCAAUGGUGGAAAAUAUCGGCACGCUGGUCCGCAUGCCGAGCUUCAUGGUUGAGCUUUUCGUCAACUAUGAUUGUGAUGUGGACCGGCAAGAUCUUUGCGAAGACAUGGUUGGCCUUCUCUCGCGGAAUGCAUUCCCGGACGCGGCCACCUGGAGCACGACCAACGUGCCACCUUUGUGCCUGGACUCGUUGUUGACUUUUGUCCAAUUCAUGGCGGAGAGGCUCGACCAGAAGGUACCUGCGGGCUCGGAAGAAAGGAUACAGAAGAUGCGGCUGCAAAGAGUUCGAAAGAAAAUUAUCAAGAGUGGUGCUUCGAAAUUCAACGACGACCCCAAAGCAGGUGUUGCUUACCUCGUAAGAAACGGCAUCAUUGAGGAUCCCGAUGACCCUAAUCAAGUCGCCCAUUUUCUCAAGGGCACUUCGUACGUCUCGAAGAAGGUCCUUGGAGAAUUCCUGACGAAACGAAACAACGAGCGCCUGUUGACUGCGUUCAUCAAUCUGUUCAAGUUUGACAACAUGCGAAUCGAUGAGGCUCUCCGAGAGAUGCUCGGUUCUUUCCGGCUUCCUGGCGAAUCCGCACUCAUUGAACGCAUAGUCAGCACCUUCACCGAGAAUUACUGCUCAACGGUUUCGAGUGAGGAGAUUGCGGACAAAGAUGCCGCUUUCGUGCUGUCAUACGCCAUCAUCAUGCUUAAUACGGAACUGUACAACCCUAAUGUCAAGUCGCAGAAGCGUAUGACCUACGAAGACUUUGCCAAAAACCUCCGGGGAGUCAAUUCCGGCAAGGAUUUCCCGCCGGAGCUGCUGCAGGAUAUCUACGAUGCCAUCAAGGAAAACGAAAUCAUUCUGCCUGACGAGCACGAAAACAGACAUGCCUUUGAGUACGCCUGGAAGGAGUUAUUGAUGAAGACCGGCGAUGCUGGCCCAUUGGAGCUUUGUGACACCAAUGCUUUUGAUGCUGAGAUGUUCCAGGCUACGUGGAAACCGAUAAUUGCGACCAUGUGCUAUGUCUUCAUGUCGGCCUCGGACGAUGCCGUCUUCUCGCGCGUGGUGGUCGGGUUUGACCAGUGCGCACAGAUCGCGGCCAAAUACGGAAUCACCGAGGCAUUUGAUCGGAUCGUCUACAGUGUCAGCCAGAUCAGUGGGCUUGCUGCCGAAGUCCCUCCAAGCACGUCCUUGAACACAGAGGUUCAAGUGGGCAAGAAGAAGAUCAUGGUCAGCGAACUGGCCGUGAGACUUGGCCGGGAUUUCAAGGCUCAGUUGUCCACGGUGCUGCUGUUUAGGAUCUUGUCCGGUCGUGAGAACGCCGUUGGCGAGACUUGGAUUUACGUUGUGCGCAUCCUGAGGAAUCUCUUUGUCAACUCCCUCAUUCAAUUGCCGGCUGUUGAAGGGAGUAGACUUGCCAAUAUGGGGUCGAUCCCUCUACAGCCUCCUUCACAGGUCAUUGAUCGGGAUGGAAGAUUGGGUGACAACGGUAUCUUCUCCACCUUUACCUCAUACCUUUCGAGUUACGCGGCCGAUGACCCGCCGGAGCCUUCAGAGGAAGAAUUGGAUAACACGCUCAGUGCUGUGGACUGCGUUAAAGCGUGUCAGCCAGACGUGGUUCUGAAGCGGAUGGCGGCUCUGCCACCAAAUCAAAUCAAGACUCUUGUCUCUGCUUUGCUGUCGCAAAUGGAAGAAUCGUCGCCCGUUGUGACUGUCAAACCCGAACGGCCUAUGCCAGUCACAGUCAGAGUCAAUGGACAUCGCAUGCCCAAAGCAGGACCGGAAUAUGACCCUGGCACAGUGUUUUUACUUGAGUUGGCAACUUUGCUUACAUUGAGAGAUGACGAGACGAUCGCUGCUGCUGGUGAGGUCUUGACCGGGUCCCUGCAGAAUGCUGUCCGGGAUGCCUCCAAUCUCCAUCCACUCGCCGCUUCCAGGGUUGUCCGUUACCUACUGGAGCUGCUGCGGUACAGCUAUACCUAUGACUUCAUGCGCGCUCCAGUCGUUCUACAUACCAUUUCGAGUUUCGAUGACACCGUCCUCGACCGUACCGCAUCAACAGUCAUCCAGGGGCUUGCGAAUACCAUAGGCGAGCCUGGGCCACUACGGAAUGAAGUCACCAAGUCCCCUGACUUCUGGUCUACGUUACAACGCCUGCAUCAACACAAGACGGAAGCCGAUUCCGUAUUCGACAUACUCACGACGGUGGCUACAUCUCAGCCUACCGCGGUGACAGCCGACAACUUCGAGUCGGCGGUUGCACUAGCCAACGACUUUGCCACGGCCGGUUCGAUAGGUUCGAUCCAGGAGAAGCGGCGUGAUUUCGCGGCCAAGCGCGGACAUCAGGCGAAGCCGGCGCGCAACGAAGACCUGGUGGUGGUGCAGCGAGCGGUCAAGGCCAUCGGGCUUAUCUACCAACUCAGUGGCCGUGUGCCGAGUCUGAUCGCACAAUCGCACCUCGAACGCCAGGAGGCCUGGGCGGCGUACUGGUCGCCGGUCUUCCGCGCGUUGUGUUCACAAUGUGUCAACCCAUGUCGAGAAGUCCGGCAUCGCGCCCUGUCCGCCUUGCAGCGAACACUGCUGGCUGAAUCGGUGGUGGACCAGGAACAACACACCGAAUGGACGGCCAUCUUCGACGAGGUCUUGUUUCCUCUGACUCUGCGCAUGCUCAAGCCGGAAAUCUACCAACUCGACCCGCAGGGGAUGAAUGAAACACGCGCCCAGGCGGCGUCGUUGCUGUGCAAGGUCUUUCUGCGGUAUCUUGAUCGAUUGGUCCAAGUGCAUUGGAUGGCUGAUGUCUGGGUCGAAAUUCUCGAGUUGUUGGAUCGACUGAUGAAUGCGGGCACGGAGGGAGACGCCUUGGCCGAAGCCGUACUGGAAGGGGUCAAGAAUGUGCUGUUGGUCAUGGAUGGUACGGGAUAUUUGGAGAGAGACAAUUCAACAAGAGGUGGCACUAUACCUGGUGGAGUCACCAAAGACAGCCGUCGGCGGAGAAGCAAGAAGGUUAGAGAGUCUCAGGGCAAGACGGGGGAUGAAGAAGGAAAUGUUGUUGUCCUGGAGAAGGAACGCGUGAAACUUUCGAACACCAAGCGUCUAGAGACGCAAUUCGAAGGCCAGCAAGAGGAGCAGGACCGGCAGGACGAAGACGGUGAUGAAGAUGAAGAAGAGACUGAAGAGGAAGAGGAAGAGAUUCAAAUCUGGCCAGAAACAGUCAGACGGUUGGACAGCUUCUUGCCCGGCCUGGUCGAGGAAUUGUUCCCUCCGCCCGCAGAACCUGAACCUGAACCCGAACCCGAACAUGCAUCUGCAGCUGAACCUGCAUCAUCUGGAUCUGGUGGAUCCCCUACUCCAGAAUCCGCCGCUCCUCCUCCCAGCACUACAGCAGGGAAUAUCGACGAGGAUCGAAACUCGAGCAGCACAACGUCAAGACCGCAGACAAGGGAUGGGGAGAAGCGAUGA